UGGCAACCCGCUGUCCGCGCUGUCUGGAGUCAGAACCACUGCUAGAAAGCAGACGUGGGCCAAUCGCGAUGUGUGCGUAGCACGCCGCAAUACAUUUACCUUGGGUCUUCUAUUAUUAUUAUUCGCCCGUGUCUGUUCAGACGAAGUCUGAUUGCUCUUUGCAUUGUGAUGCUCAUAUUGUGUGUCCGUGUGUAAUUCUUUAAUUUUUUUUCUUUGAGCUGCUGUCACUUGUAUUACUUUUUCCUGAAACUAUCAUCUACUUGGUGAAAGCCUAUCUGGAAUAAAUGGAUCGUACUUUAUUUAUCUGUAUUAGCAAAUUCAACAAUUUAGUCUGAUUUGUAAGCAGCAGAAUUCUGUAAGUCAGUAACUGCAGAGAAUGUUUAAUAGAGUCUAAAAUACUGUGACAACAAGGGUCCGAUAUCGUAGAAGACCGUAUCGUCUACAUGGCGUUCUGCCGAAAACCGUUGGCCGAGGAUAGUUGAAAAAUUGUCUAAACGACACCGCGUAUAUUAACUGCCUGUGAUACCGUAAUCGGUUUGUUCAGCCUCCCAGGAGUGCAAGUUCGGUAGAGAGCGCCGAACCGUGUAUUGAAGUGCGCUAAAGUGCUUACGUGUGUAUCAGUGUACCUUUGUUUAUUCGCAAUGAUGCCGUGGAUUCUAUGGUGUGUGUUACUUUGUGAUCUACUCGUCGGAACCUUUACUCAGAAAGACCAUCAUCGUGACCAGCAUCAUCACAACUAUGAACGUCACAUAUACAGCAAAGCGGACCAUAACAAUGAUCAGGGCUAUAUUGAAAACAAGAAUCAGGGUUACGCAGAAGUUCGUGACCUUAAAGUAGGUGAUCCUAGGAAACCUAGCGAAGCUCAGGCUGAAAAUGAGAGUGCCACUCAUGGCGAUAACGAUGAGGAGGCAGCUGGAUUUAUUGAGGAAGAAACCACCACACUCGCGCCAGGAGCUACGACCGUUGCAGACAUCGAAGCAUGGCUAGGAGAACAAGUCGAGACACAGUUCAGGAAAAGCCUACCCGUAUUGGCCCGUUUCAACGGAGAUCCGAACGUCACCAUCGACUGUACCGCAGCUCUCAUUAAGUUUAUGCUUUCACUGAAGAAAUUGCAGCCAUGGGCCAUACGAAUGAUGGAUGCCAUGGGCAAGCCAUCAUCGGGUCUUGCCUCAGGAACGAUCGCCGAUCUUGGCAACUAUGACCAGUGUCUUGCAGUGGAAGCUCCAGAUGGUGACCAGGACAUCGAUUUUACUGGUCAAUAUUGCACCCUUUACCUGAAUCCCAGGAACGUGCCAUUCCUCAAGAAGAUCAUUUACCGUUUCCAAGAAAAUGGUGAAUAUGUUGGAAGGGCCGACCCCUUAAAAUGGCUUAGUCAGGAUUUGUUCCUUGGUAUUCGGAUAGGAAUCUGUAUUCCAUCGAAGUGUAGCGGCGAUGAGAUAGAAUACAUGAUCCACACUUUAUUGGGAAAAUACGGGGUAAAGCCGACUGUUACUGGCUGUGAACUAUUGCCGCAUACGGAAAAAGCACCACUUACUCAAACGCAAGCAUGCAUGCUCGCUCUGAUUGCAUCCUUUACAAUCAUAAUCAUUUUUGCAUCGCUAUCAGAAUACUACAUGAUCCGGAAGAAAGGCCAGAGGGAUCGUUCAGUGAGUAAGGCAUACGCGAUAUUGCGGUGCUUCUCGGCUGUGGAGAAUACUCGCAAGCUGCUCUCGACUAAGGCGGCGAUCGAUUCAGAUGCUUAUCGCCUCAGGUUUAUUCAUGGCCUAAGAUUUUUCAGCGCCUCCUGGGUCAUCCUCGGUCACACGUACUUUCUUAUAAUUCCCACGUCGCUGGCCGAAUCGCUAAACAUCAUUAAACUACAGGAGGAUAUCUGGUUUUGUCUCAUCGGCAAUGCGUUUCCCUGCAUCCAAACUUUCCUAUUCAUGUCCGGUUUUCUUCUGUCCUACAAUGUCCUCAAGUAUCUAUCGUCGUACAAAAAAACCCUAGCAAUACCAAUUCUCCUGCUGCUGGCGCGACGAUAUAUUCGGCUGACGACACCAAUCAUAUUCUUGGUCGGCCUUUUCCUCGUCCUGCCCCGUUUCAUCUCUGGACCAAUUUAUUCAGAAUAUAAAGGAAUAGUCUUUGGAUCGUGCGAGAUUAACUGGUGGCGCGUCCUACUUCACAUCAACAACUGGGUGCCAUUUUUCGAUAUGUGUUUGGCACAUCUGUGGUACGUUAGCGUCGAUUGGCAGAUUUACUCAACACUAUGGGUGAUUCCCAUCAUUAUGUUACGGCGUAAACGAGUGGGUCUUGGCCUGUGCUGCUUUGUGAUAAUGGCGACGGCCAUUUUAGUAGGAGUCCAAACCAAGGCAAAUGGCUAUCAGCCCACGCCUAUCUACUCCGAUUUUAACGUUAAUCGGACCUUUGACGCCGGAAACGAGGUGUACUUCAAGCCAUUUGCGCACGCUGGUUCGUUCUGCGUCGGCAUCAUCACAGGUUAUCUCGUGCUUGCUUAUGGAGCGUACAAAUUAACCACGGCAGCACAAGGCACCCUGUGGGCCGCGUCAAUAGCCAUAUGUUUGCUGGUUGUCUUUGGACCGCACAAGUGGUUUGCUGGUGCUCCCCACGAGGGCUGGGAUGCAACUAUUUACGCAGCGACCCAUCGUACAGCAUGGUCUGUUGGUCUGGGUUGGCUUACGUUUGCCUGUGCCACAGGCCGUGGAGGCCUGCUCAAUGGGCUCCUGGCCUGGAAGGCGUUGAUACCGAUGAGUCGAUUAUCAUUUUCGGCUUUUAUGCUACAAACGGUUGUACUCAUAUCACGCACGAUGGUCGCCAGAGACCGUCUGGUUUUCAGCCACGAAUUUAUGAUCAAGGAUUUCUUCGCUACCUACAUGAUCACCUAUCUAUGCUCGUUUUUUAUGUACCUCUUAAUAGAAGCGCCCAUUGGCAAUCUGGAGAAAAUGCUUUUCAUGGGCAACAUAACAAAAAAAGAGACGGCGCUCUCUGGGUUUGUGAAAACAGGCUCCAAUCAGCAGGUCGAACAUGUUGUCACCAUUGAGUCGAUUCGAAAAAAAACACACCGUGCAUCAUCAUGCAGCGAUCUGAAGACUGUGCGAUUAUGAAGUUACUGCAAAUUCAGUAGUAAAAGUGGUUAAAUUGAUUUAGGCUUAAAGCCGUUUUGUAUUCGAUCCGGUAACACUUUGUAGUAUUCAUGUCUUUAUCUUCAGCAGAGUAAUAGCCCAUCACAAAGCACUUCUCUAUUGGGAAACGAGAAAUAUCAUGAACAGCGACCAAUCAAAUAAGCCAAACGGUAUCUAAUAUUUUACAGAGACGCUUAUACGAUAAGCUUCAUUCGAGCCAUAAUCGGCUCAAAAGAUCGUUUAAAUUUAUCUUAUUUGAUUGGCAAUUGCCAUUGUGUAUAACUGUAUUUAGAUCGUUAAAACAGGAACGCUCAAAACUAGUAAGUAUAGACAAUUCCGAUAAGACUACAUGUAUUUUAUUAGUCCUCGUAUAACUGCAAACUAAGAUAUUUUUGGCACUACAAAAUUCACGUGUCUGACGUAUUUACAGUCAAGAGCAGAACGUUUAAAAACAACAGCAGAGAUAGACAUUAUGCUUAUAUUUUUGUUAUUGGUGGGCCUCAAAAGGGCACAGUUCACCCGCAGAACCGAGAAAACUUUAAAUGCGGAUCGGUUAACCCGAAAUAUAUAUAUGCUUAAUGCUAAAGGUAACUAAGAACCAGAGAUAUUUGUGUAGUUUCACGUAGAGCCAAGUCAUGGCAAAAAUUAGCCUUCCAGUAGAAUCUACAAAAAUGUAAAAUUCAGAGUCGCGUAUUUACAAGACGAUGUGUAAAGUUGAAUAUACAUAUAGCCCAAAAAGAGCGUGUUGUAUAUAUGAAACCAAGCAUCGAAAACUCCGACCCUUAUCUAUUUAACCAGACUGAUGUGCUAUUGCUGGCACGCUGUAGGACCUCUCGAAAACCGUUAAUGUACAAAUCUGCCGAGGGUAAGGUACCCGUGAGAAUUCAAAUUAAGUUUAGACCUCGUGUGCGCCAAACGAAGGAUGUGUAUAUGGAAAAAAUUGAAUAUAAUGGCAAGUCAUGUUAUGUUCAUUUGCCCCCAUUGCGCGAAAGCAGGCACGUUACGUCCUUCAAUAAAAUGCACAACUGUAUAGUUUACAAUACCACUAUCUUCAAGGUACCGUACCCAGCGUCCCAGUUCAACUUCUCUGCUUCUCUCAACUUAUUCCUUUCUGUUUAAACUCUGCUGCGAUCUUCGCUGCGAAAGGCCGCGUAUUUACCACUGGGCUGGCCCUUGAAUACGCUAAAAAAUUCCUUGAACGAUGUGGGUCUAUUUUUACUCUGAGUAUGUGAUUACAAAAAAUAUUCACAUUCGUAAGCAAAGUAGAUUUCCAUAGUUAAAUAGCCUGUACCCAUAAUGGGUUUUGGCAUGGCGUGUUCUCUAAUUAGUCGUCGACCUUGUCAUAAUCCAUAUUGUUGCAUCCAUAGUAUUCGCCUAAAGUACGUGCCACGGCUGAAGCUGACACGCGUGCAUCUUUGACAGAAAGGCACGAACACUACUCAAAUUAGAUGACACGCCCAAGUACAGGCACGAUUGCUUUUUUACACUUUGGUUAUAAAAGCUAGCCGCCGCCGCCGCUCAUUGCACUUAGUCAGGUAAGGCCAUAAUUUUAUGGCCAUUUUACCUACAUUUGUGAAUAUUUGCGCCGUUUUUGCAGAAAUCUACUCAGCAUUAGGAAGCAAAGAAACAAACUAGUACCUUAUGCAAGUAGAUAAUCUAAUAAGAACCAGAACGGAACCGUAAACGAAAACCGAAGUAAUAAGUAUUGUAAUACGAAUAUCGAUGACGAAAGUAGGCAGUUAUACCGCUUAUCGGUGCUUUGUGGCUGGUCCACGUAAAUACGUGUACGGCGAUAUACCGUUUCGAUUAAUGAAUAAAGGUCAGCAGAACGUCACUGAAUUCAGUCAAAUGAAAACGCUCGAGUUGUGAUCAAAAAGCAAGUCAAAAUGUUGACAAACAGUAAUCAUAUGCAGGAAUAAUUGUGCGUCACUUUUUUCUUUCUAUAACAGUACUAGCUACGAACAAAGUUUGGACUACCAGUAAGUUCUUGUCUCAUGAACGAAAUAAAAAACAAUCAACAAGUAAGUGACAAGUUAGCUAAAUACUGUGAAAAUGUAUAUUAUGUUUAUUAACAAAUCAAAACGAAUUUACUUUAUCUUCUAGGAAUCAAGAACGUAAUAAAAGAUAACUAGAAAAACGUUAGAGGCUUUUGAGUUCGCAUGUAGUUUGAAGGUUUGCAACGUUUUUAAAAAUUUAGUUAAGAUUCAUUCAGUUCUGUGAAAAUUUGUAUUUCUAUAGGUUGUUCAUCUAAAAUAACCUGAUUUGAAAAAAAAAGCUAACAAUAACGGGAAAAUUUGCACUUGUACAUUUUAUAGGGAUAAAGUAUUUCUUUUUCUCGAAUAAUAUCAUGUAUUGGUAAAAAAAAAACAACUCCAAGAGCAUAACGUCCUGUUCAGACAUUUGAUGAUUGAGAUUCACGUAUACAUAAUGUGUGUGCGUAAGUCACGUUGCCUUUACAGGCUGCACUAUCUACGAUAGUCAAAGUUCAUUCGUUGAAACCAUGAAAAUUAUGGUUCCUCUAAUACUAAAUAAAUGUGUUACAUUAGAGGUACCCUUACCGAGUUUCAAGCUCAUCGAAGGGUACAAUGAGUAAAAUAGAUUUCAAAUUUGUGUAUUUUAUCGUAAUGAAUCUUGUUGGUAUUUCACUAAUUGUUUCAGUCUGUCAAGGCGGUGUUAUGCCCUUAUCCAUUGCCAUAAAUUUUCUGAUCCCAACAUUGCAUAGUUAAAGAAUGUACUUUAGGUGCAUAAUAGUUCUAUUGGGACGUAUUAAAUGCAAGCCCUUAUCGAUAUUUAUUGUUGAAAAUUCUGGGCCUCUGGGUUAAUAAAUAAAUAACUUGGUACAUGAAAACGAGUUCUAUUCUAAGAUCAAUCAAAUGACAUCUAGCAAGGAUAUUGCCAAAAAAGCGUCGCAGUGUACGUAUAUGCUACCUUAUUUGGUUACAUGCAUUGCGUAAUAUAUCUCAUUGGCAAGGUUUAAACUAGCAAUCUCUGAUUUUUGCAGUCAAAAAGUUAGUCGUUCAACAGCGGCAACAGAUACCACGGUGCCAAAACAAAAGACUGAAACUGGCUAUAAAUAUACAUGCGAGUCGUUCUUAAUUUUGUAAAUGAGCGCUGAAGGAAUUAAAUUUAGGACAUAGAAUCUGUAUCUCACACUGGUCUACCAAAUUUUUUAAUCUUUGGGAAAAAGAAUUGAGCCGGUCUUGAAGCAGUCUAUUUGUAGUACUGAUGCUAUUAAGAUAUUCUCACUGUUAUUAUUAUUAGCUAAGUUAUCUUGCUAUUCCCUGCGCAAAUAAGGGAACAAUUGAAGCAUUAUAUUUUUCGAUCGAAGCAUGUUUAUUAACGUACUUCGAUUGUCGUUUAAGAUUAUAAUUGACUUAGCUCGGUUACACACUCGUUUCGGAUAUAUAAUAUCAAAGAAAAAUAAUUUACACAACUUUAAAUAAUUUAUAUACAUAUAUAUAUAUAUAUAAUAUAUAUAUAUAUAAGUUUAUUAACUGCUAGAAUAAAUCAACAAUUAUGUGCCAUGCAAUCGCAUUUGUGAGACAAAAUGUAAUGGCUGGGAGAAUACGCUUAUAACAAAACCUGGAAAUACGGACAUACAUUUGUUGUGAUUACGGUGUAUUGAAAGAUGUCGACAAAUUUAAAGAUUUAGUAAGUAAGCAUGAACUUAAAAGAAAGCUAAUGCUAACAAGGGGCGGUUUUAUUUACAACUUUACUAUAUAACAUUAUUACAGCUAUACUUACUAUAUAUUAUUCCAGCGCUGUGUUUUCAA